AGAAAUGACAUUUUGAAAUUAAACAACAAUAUUUGAUUUUUGAGUUCAAAACCAAAACUUUAUGGAGUAAAAAGUUAAUAACAUUGUUGUGUAUUUGAUUAAUAUUAUAUGAAUGGUUAUACUGCGUUUUUAGUUACUUUAACACCCGUGUUUUUGCGUCGGGGGCUAAAAAUAAAUUAUUAAAAUGAAAUUAAUGUGUAAAGUUGAGGUUGUAAACAGGAUUCAUAGUAACUUGAACAUUCGAUCUAGUGGAAAAUACAUUAAAUCUACUUUAGCUAUAGGCAAAGAACCCAAAACUGACGCAGAAUUCUUUAUUCUCCAUUUCUCAUCAGUUAAUAAAACUGGAACAAAGUAUAAAGUGAAAUUUAUAAAGCAAGUUUUUGUUAAAUGUUUAAAUGAAGGCAAAGCCACAAUAAGAUUUGAUGAACCACCUCAUGACUUGUGCGUGAAAAGUGAAGUUGUACAGUUAAAGAGUUUUCUUAAUUUAUUAAAAUCAUGUUUAACUGGAGAUACUAAAAGUUUGAAAGUUUCAAACUUGUCAUUAAUUGGUGUUACUGUUAAAGAUAAUGCUCCCACGAAAUUAACAGUAGCGAGUCGCGCUGAUAUUCCUACAAAAGGUUUUCCAAGAACACUUGAAGCUCUUUGUAUGGUCGGGAUUAAGUUGCACAAUUUUCGUCGUGACAUUCUUUUAUUGAACCGAUUGACUGUGCUUGAUUUAAGCAAUAAUGAAAUAGAAAAAAUUCCUUAUGAAUUUGCAAGAAUGCCUGCCUUACGUGAGCUGUACUUGGCCAACAAUGCACUUGGGGAACCAACAGAUAUUGAUUGGAGAUGGUUGUUAGGACCACAGAUUACAAAGACAUUGAGACUGCUAGAUCUAAGUGGUAAUAGAUUAAAAGAUCUUCCUAAAGAUAUAUGGAAAUUGGUUAAUUUAGUAACAUUUAAAUUGGACAAAAAUAUGCUUGAGAAGAUUCCAGCUUCUUUAGGACGAAUUAGAAAUCUAAGAUUCCUCACACUAAGUCAGAAUAAUUUAAAAUCUCUGCCAUGCAGCCUCAUGCAAUGUCGGUUUGAACAAUUGGAUUUAAGUUUGAAUAAAUUUGAAAAUAAGGAUAUGAAGUUUAAACAAGAUAAUCUAUCGCAAUGGGAUUUCUGUAUAGGCAGUUUAGUGCACAUGUCAGCAAAAAUAGUGUUAAGAAACAAUAUAUUUUAUGCACCAUAUAUUAUACCCAGGACAUUAGUUGAAACACUAGAUAAUGCAAAUGUGUGUGUUUGUGGAAGACCAGUUUUAAAUAAUGUAUAUCUUAUUAAACAAUUUGACUUCAAAGACUGUUUUAAACUGGUUACUUUAUUGAAUAAUAAUGUUAAUAGUGCAAUUGAUUUUGAAUGUUAUUUCUGUUCACCAAAAUGUCUCUUGAAAUAUAAUAUGUGAUCGAUUUUA